UUUAAGCAAAAGAUAAAAUUUUCAUUGAAUUAACGAGAAUAUUAUAAUAUUGUACAAUUUCUUUUUAACAACUUUAAAUUGUUCCAACGGUCAGAAGAUAUUGCAUUAACUUAGAAAGCUUUAAUGAUAAAACGUUUUACGAGUUCCGAUUGCUAUCUAACCGAAAAUCAUACUCAAGGUUAUUUUGUAGUGUCUUAUUAAAUUAUUAUAUAUCUUUUAUCAAUAAUAAAUAUAAGUCAUGUUUGAUUAGAAUCAAAUGAAACGAUAAGAGCAGCGUGAUAUAAAAUUACAUUUUUAAUCCCACAUUUUGCAUCUCAGUUCACGAAAUAUUGCUUCACGAUCGUUGUUAUAAUUGCAUAAAGGCUGUUCAUUAUUUGUGGUCUAAAGCAAACAUACUCUGGCAUGAUUCUUCUACAUAAUUCUUCACAAAAUACUGUAACUAAUAAUCUUUUUUUUCGGCGAAACUAUAUCUUCGACAGAUAUGAUCUGUCCUUGGGUUUUAAGAUAACAUGAUGCAUAUUUAUAAAAGCCGAUUCCCCAUGAUUUUCGCCAGUCGCAGAUUUAAAUCGAAUCGGAGAGGUGUUAACUAACGAGAGGUGUUAAUAAAACGUUUUCUAAGUUCGGGUUACGCAUAGGCGAGGAUAGGCGAUGAAGGGAAUAUACGUACUCGCCGUCGCCUUCUUGGCAUGUUGGGCCGUGAGCGUCGCGAAUUCCGAUCAACCUGAGCAAUCCAUUUCGGAAGAUGGCUCCCCUCAGGCCGACAUUCUCACAGAAUGCCCAUUCCCAGAAGAAUUUCCGGAGAACACCACAACCAACCUCCCGCACGAAUACGAUUGCACGAGAUUUUACAAGUGCUUCUUGGGUGAAGGAGUCGAGCAAUUAUGUCCCCUUAUGAGAAAAGGAGAUCCAGUAUCGAGGCUGCACUACAAUAGACGUCUACAAGUCUGCGAUUGGCCGUGGCAAGCAGGUUGCGAAAGUUGCCCUGGAAGAAAUCCAGACGGAUCGUAUCCACCAACGUCUAGAAUAAGUGGACCCAAUAAUUGCCACUACUAUGAGUGCAUAAAUGGUCAGCCAUAUCUGCGUCAAUGUCCAGAUUAUACAUGCUUCAGUCGCACAUGUCAAGAAUGCGUUUCAAACAGAGACGGUGGAAAAUGUGGUCCAGGUCGUAUUACUACAACUUCAACUACAACAACUCGAUCUCCACCUCCACCUCUAGGUUGUUUAAAUUCAAACGGAUCCACAAGUCCGAGCGGCGAUACGCAAGCACACGACUGUGACUGCGCUAAGUAUCUUACAUGUCAUGCUCCAGAUUGGAUCGCUGAUGGGCAAUGUCAAGGCGGUCUACAUUACAGCCCCUCAAGAAAAACAUGCUUGCCACCGAACGAAGCUAACAACUAUGUUUGCAGACGAAAUGACUGGUCAGAAGCGAUGAAGGGAAUAUACGUACUCGCCGUCGCCUUCUUGGCAUCUUUGGCUGUGAGCGUCGCGAAUUCCGAUCAACCUAAGCAAUCCAUUUCGGAAGAUGGCUCUCCUCAGAUCAUUCCCACAGUAUGCCCAUUCCCAGAACAAUUUCCGGAGAACACCACAACUAACCUCCCGCACGAAUGGGAUUGCACGAGAUUUUACAAGUGCUUUUUGGGUGAAGGAGUCGAGCAAUUAUGCCCCCUUAUGAGAAGAGGAGAUCCAGUAUCGAGGCUGCACUACAAUAGACGUCUACAAGUCUGCGAUUGGCCGUGGCAAGCAGGUUGCGAAAGUUGCCCUGGAAGAAAUCCAGACGGAUCAUAUCCGCCAUCGUCUAAAAUAAGUGGACCCGAUAAUUGCCGCCAGUACUAUGAGUGCAUAAACGGAUAUCCAACUCUGCGUGAAUGUCCAUCUCAUACAUGCUUUAGUCGCACAUGUCAAGAAUGCGUUUCAAACAGAGACGGUGGAAAUUGCGGCUGGGGUCCAACCGUACCUACACGUCCAACUAUACCAACAAGGCCAACUCCACCUGUAGGUUGUCGAAAUUCGGAUGGAUCCACGAGUCCGAACGGCGAUACGCAAGCACACGACUGUGACUGCGCUAAGUAUCUUACAUGUCGUGCUCCAAAUUGGAUCGCUGAUGGGCAAUGUCAAGGCGGUCUACAUUACAGCCCCUCAAGAAAAACAUGCUUGCCACCGAACGAAGCUAACAACUAUGUUUGUAGGCGAAAUAACUGGUCAGCGAUGAAGGGAAUAUACGUACUCGCCGUCGCCUUCUUGGCAUCUUUGGCUGUGAGCGUCGCGAAUUCCGAUCAACCUGAGCAAUCCAUUUCGGAAGAUGGCUCUCCUCAGAUCAUUCCCACAGUAUGCCCAUUCCCAGAACGAUUUCCGGAGAACACCACAACUAACCUCCCGCACGAAUGGGAUUGCACGAGAUUUUACAAGUGCUUCUUGGGUGAAGGAGUCGAGCAAUUAUGCCCCCUUAUGAGAAGAGGAGAUCCAGUAUCGAGGCUGCACUACAAUAGACGUCUACAAGUCUGCGAUUGGCCGUGGCAAGCAGGUUGCGAAAGUUGCCCUGGAAGGAAUCCAGACGGAUCAUAUCCACCAUCGUCUAAAAUAAGUGGACCCGAUAAUUGCCGCCAGUACUAUGAGUGCAUAAACGGAUAUCCAACUCUGCGUGAAUGUCCAUCUUAUACAUGCUUUAGUCGCACAUGUCAAGAAUGCGUUUCAAACAGAGACGGUGGAAAAUGUGGUCCUCCUAUUCGUCCUCGUACUUGUCGAAAUGACGAUGGAUCCGAAAGUCCGGACGGUUCUAAGAAAGCACACAGAUGUGACUGCUCUAAGUAUUUGACAUGUCAGGCUCCAAAUUGGAUUCUUGACCAAUGUCAAGGCGGUCUACAUUUUAGUCCCUCAAGACAAAUAUGCUUGCCACCGAACGAAGCUAACAACAACAUUUGUGGGCAAAUUAACUAAUCAGAAAAUAAAAAUUAACAUACUAUUCAAAGCUUAUUUUCAAAAAUGGAUGAUGUCACGACUGCGGUUGCAGAUUACUAUACAAAUACAAAUAUAAAAAAGUGAUCCACUGUCUUUUCCUCGAAAAUUCUUCUUCACUAAAAAUAGAAACCUUCUCUCCUUGCCAGCCCCCUCGAAAAAUAUGCAAAUAACCAAA